ACUUCCUAAUGCACCCUCAUUUCCAACUAGCUAUCCUUUUCCUGGAAUGUUUUUUUAAAUGCUGGCUGGGUGUCAGACACAUGUACACUAACAGUUGAAAAUUUCCACAGAGAACAAGGCUCUUGAGAAGUUGAAGCUGUCUUGUCCAUGCUGUUUUAAUGGUUUUUAUCACCAGAACUUGGACUGAAGAAUUGGAGGUUACAUGAGAUGCACAAUUUUUUCCCUCUUGGUGUGCUACACCAAAAUGGCACUGACUGAAAAUUGCCGGACUUAUCAAUCGCCCAAGGACACUGGAUGUGCUCAGAGUUGCUCUUCGGAUGUGGUUGAGCUCAAUGUGGGUGGACAGGUGUACUACACUCGCUAUGCCACCCUCACUAGUGUGCCAAACUCACUGCUGGGUAAAUUAUUCUCCACUAAAAAGGACAUCUCCAACGACCUGGCCCAGGACAUCAAGGGACGUUACUUUAUUGACAGGGACGGAUUUCUAUUUAGAUACGUGUUGGACUAUCUCCGAGAUAAUAACGUCGUCCUGCCGGAAUAUUUUCCGGAGAAAGGGAGACUUAAAAGGGAGGCUGAGUUCUUUCAGCUACCCGAGCUCGUCAAAAUCCUAACACCAGAUGAUUAUAUUCAUAGUGAUUUUGACGACGCGUCCCAGGGAAGCGACCAGAGAUUGUUCCCUUCGUCUUACCUGGACGCGCGCGACAGGCGCUAUGGCUUCCUCACGGUGGGAUACAAGAGCUCGUGCGCCGGCGGGAGGGACAUCGAUCCUAAAACUAGAGGAAUAGCCAAAAUCUUCAUUUGCGGAAGGGUCGGUCUGGCUAAAGAAGUUUUCGGAGACACUUUAAAUGAAAACAGGGAUCCCGACAGGCCAUCUGAGCGAUACACAUCUCAAUUUUAUCUCAAGUUUCGCCACCUGGAGCGCGCGUUUGAUAUGCUCGCGGAGAGCGGAUUCCACGUUGUCGCGUGCAAUUCAUCACUCACCACAUCUCCUCACAACAGACAAACAGAUGACAGAUUCUGGUCCAAUAAUACAGAGUAUGUCUUUUACCGUGGCCCAUCUGGAUGGUCUUCACCACACUGCGAGUGCUGCUGUAAGAGUCAUAAGAGCGAGUGUGAAGGUGAAAGCGGCACUUCCUUCAAUGAGCUCACCACUUCCUGUUCCGAGACCCAAUCAGAAGCCAGCUCUCCUCAGGAAACUGUCAUUGUGCGUCCUGUCACCCGCCAACCCAAGAUCCAGACUUUGGACCGGCCGGUGAAAAAGGGUCCGACCCCAAUUCCCAGGAGAACUGAUCUGCUUCGCGUCCGGACCACUGGGCCACGUGAUAUCAUGGUAGGAAAGAGAAAAAUGGCCAAGGAGAAGCUGACCCCAGAGCAGGAGCUGGAGAAAUGCAUCCAGGACUUCCAACGGAUUAAAAUUCCUGAACGUUUUCCGGAGAGGAAGUACAUGUGGCAGUCAGAGCUCUUGAGAAAAUACAAGCUCUGAAAUGAUUUCCUGCUGACUUAGUGAGCCUAUUGGUGCAACACGACAUAGCUCUCAGUGCUUAAGAUAACAUCAUAAUUCUUCUUUUGCUUCAGUUUAAUUGGCUCGUCUGAUUAAUCAUCCAGCGAGAUGCACAAUUAACAAUUCAGUGGACCUCAAGUGACUCCUAAAAGGACCAGUCUUGCUUUACAACAAAGUACAAUGACAUUUAACUCCAAUUUUCUCAAAUGCAAAUAGAUUGUGUAUGUACAAAAUAAGCACAUAUAUAGCCUGUAAAUGUUAAAAAUUGGUACAAGGACAGCACUUUGGUACAGUAUUACAAUGGUAAACUGAACACUGCGUGUAUGAGUACUGUGGGAUUCGUAUGUGAAUGUGUUUAGCAUUAUCUGGUAUUGUGUUCAAAUGAUGGACAGUACUACUACAAAUCUAUCCAUUAAGUGUUUAAAACAGCACAAAUGAGUAUGUUUCCUGCCGUAGAAAGAGGACAAUGCAUGUUUUAUCACUCAUAUAGAAUAAUGGCUCGUAUCAACUAGCUCCAAUUAAUUUGUGGUGUGAUCUACCUUAUUCACCAAACAUCAUUCACCUACAUCCAGAUAAAGUUAUCAAACCUAGCCGAAAUGCAUCAGUGAUGAUUGGACUGAAAUUUUAAGUCAUUUCUGUUUAUCAUUGUGAACAUUUGUGCAGAGAAUGUUAUUUGCUUUUGCCUGUGGGUAUAUGCAUUUUUUUUUUGUUCUGAAUGUGCAAUGAAUCAUUAAAGUUCAUUUGAGUUGACAUGUUGCAAAGCACAAGGUUGCACCUCUCACAGCUCCACAUUAGAAUAGGCCUAGCAUUUAAAUAGGAUCCUCGACAGAUAAAUCAAGAGCUGGUUGUUUUUUUGUUUUUAUUUUUUGUCAAAUAAAAAUGUGCAUGCAAAUCAGGUAGAAGAUGUGAGAAGGUAAAUUGUCUCCUCGUGAACAAUGUGCCAGAUGACCUUAACCUUCUCUCUGAAUUUUUAAAGAUUAUGAGCUUUGCUGAAUCUAAUGCUAAACUGCCAAACAAAUCUAUUUCCCACUCCACUUUUAAUAUUCAGCUGAUUUCAGAUGCAUAACUUCUGCUUUCUGCUGCCUGAUACUGUAUAUUAGCUUUCUCUUUUUCCGUGCAGGAGAGUUGUUGAUAAAUACAUGUAUUGCAAGUACCAUUUUUAACUGACUAUUUUUAGCCAAAAGAUUCUGCAGUGUUGCUACAUCUCAUCCGCAACAGAGGGGCUUUGGGACUGCAGAAGACACAGACACAUUAAAGUGUGAUAGACUUGGAGACGUGCAUAGGUAGCAAAUACGAAUCAAAUCAGCUAGAAAGCAAAAGAAUUUUACACUGGUGAA